CGCUUCCGAGAGCCCCACCAGAGAGAGGCCCUCGCGCUCCGCGCAGACAGAGGCGAAUUUCUGUGCCGCAGUCGAUUUUGCGCUUCGAUUCUCCGCGACGCGAAGCUGGGAUGCCUUCGGGUUGCGAGCACCUGCAAUCCAUCGUGGGUCUCGGAAUUCGUGCGCCGAUUCGACGACGUCCUGUUUCGUAGGAAGUCAGGCGAAGGGCUCGGCUUGCUGUUGUUCAUGGGGAUGAAUGCGCAGGCUGGCGUCGAGGAUAAGAUUUUCCUUGUAACGAUGCGAAGCUCGUGGUCUGGCUAACGCGAAGGCUCAGUCAGGAUUUGGAGGGCGGGAGUCUCUGAUAUGUAAGGGGCAGAAACGUGGGGACGAGCAGAUAAGCCCAGAAAUGCUUGCGUUAUCAGAGAGUUUUACCAGGUCGGUCUUGGACAUCUCGACAUCUUGCACCCCUGGAAUUGCGCGAAGUGGUUUUCCCCUAUCGUUUUGUCAUCUCAAGCUCAAACCUAAGAAGCGACCCCGCCUGUCUCUCAGGCCUCACGUCAAUGCCUCAAGCUGUGGGCGGGAUGGAAGAGGAUUUCUUCAAUUGUACCAACGGGAGAGCUGUUACUUGGACUGUAGAGUGCUGUUCGCAAGACGACAUGACUCUUCUAGAACGUGCUCUGUUCAUACCAGAGCCUCCUCCCUCUUAGCUCAUGGAAGUAGACCUGCUGUUAAGCUGCAUGUAGAUACUAGUGACACCGGUUUAGGGCCCUCGGUAUCGAAACCAGAUGCAGACGUCCAGCAGUCAGUUCAGCCCACUGUUGAAGCUGCACAACAAAUUCCGGAAGCGGAAGAUGAUGAAAGUGUCGGAGAGAGAGAGAAACUGCGGCGCCAAAGGAUUGGCCUGGCUAAUAAGGGGAAGGUGCCUUGGAAUAAGGGCAGGCAACACAGUCCAGAGACUAUUGAACGCAUUAGGCAGAAAACUUAUCAAGCAAUGCAUUCUCCUAAGGUGAUGGCAAAGCUGAAACUGAAUCCUCGACAUCCCCAAACCGACGCAACGAGGGUAAAAAUUAGGGACAAAUUGCGAGAGCAGUGGGAUCUGAAGAAAAAGAUACGGGGCUACCAAGAGAGUUGUCUCCAAGAGUGGAAAGCCAGCGUGGCAGAGGCGGCAAGGGUAGGGGGGCAUGGUGAGGAAGAAUUGCAAUGGAAUAGUUAUUCAGUAAUCAAGAAGCGGUUGCGCGAAGCAGAACGAGCAGCAGCGAAGAAACCAAAGCGAGUUGCCAAGCCCAGACCUUUGAAGACGGAGGAGCAUCGUCAGAGAAUAUCAGCUGCCAUCAGGGCCAAGUGGGAGGACCCAGAAUAUCAACAUAAGGUAAGGACUGGAAUGUCGAAGGGCGGGAAAGUGUCAGCACCUAGGAAGAAGAAGCCACCGGCCUCGGGAACUGGGGUCUUUGAGAAGAAGACGAGCUCGGAGAAGGCCAUGGACCAAAGUUUCAUAGAGGCAGUUAUGUCAGCUGAGAAACCUCGAAGACUGCCGAGAAGUGACACCGAAGAAUUUGACGAGGAACACACGCCAGAGUCACCAUUGAUAAAUGCAGCUAGGCCUUCUGCGCAACCCAUAAGGAAGGUGAAUCUCCUGCAAAAGGUGGCUCUCCAAUCUGAGCCUGACGAGAAAUUAUUCUUGCAUUCAUCUAAGCCUGUUGAUGAGCCAACAUCAUCGAAACCCAAUUUUUUUGUCGAUCCCAACGCAAGCGAGAAGCUCCAGAAACUGAAGUUGCUUCAGGCUAACCGUGCUGUCAUGGAACAGCGACGAAGGGAGUCAGCUUAUCAUGCACGAGUAUUAAUGGCAGAAGCAGAGAAAGCUGCCAAUGCCCUGGAGGCCGCAGCGUCCAAGGAUGAGUUUGCCAUGGCAUCCUUGACGGAAACGCGCAGGCUUAUGGCAGAAGCCGCCCGCUUUAUCAAGACAGCUGAAUCUGGGAAAGGCAGGUUGACCGGCUCGAGCCAAUCCUCUUAAGAGGAAACAGAUUUCUCUGAGGUUUUGUAUCAAAUUUUACAAGGACCAAGCCAUCAAAGCACUGUACCAUUGUGCCAUUGUACUUUACUACAUUCCGAAAAGUUAUCGUCAGCCAGCCUUUAAACAAGAAUUCUGGCUAGGAAUUAUUCAACUCAGGACCAAUUUAACUCAGAUCAAUGUAUUUUUGGCAAUAAAUUAUCUCGAUUGAUUCUGU